UUUGUUGGCUCAGUUGAAAUAUUUUAGUCAUAAAAGAAAAAAAAGAAAUGUUUGAAAGGAAAAAACGGGGGAAGAAUAUAAUAAACAUGAAAUUUGGAACCAUUUUUGUUGAUUGUUGAUAUGGCAGAAGAAGCAACUCAGUUCCGCAGUCGAAUUUCAGAGAUUCAUAAGUUUUGCUGCGAAGACGACCAACUAUCAAACCCUUCUGAUUCCCUCGAUUUACUCCACCACUCUGCUCUUCAUGUUCAAAGCACAGUGCAACAGAUUGUAUCCGAAUUCUCCGAUCUCGCUUCUUUAGGAAUUCAAGAUUUCGAUGCUUACAUUGACCUUUUGGAAAAUGAACUUAACAAGGUACAAGUUGAAACCACCGAUGUAGCCAACGAGAUUCAACAUCUCGUAAAAACUCAAAAGGAUGAUUCUAUUCUUUUGGAGGCCAGACUUGAAGAAUUGGAAUGUUCUAUACAGUAUAUUACAUCAAAGGUGCAGAAGACAACUGAGGCUAAUGAAGGGAUUGCUUCCUCAAUGUUGGCAGACACCAUCAUGAAUCUAGGCGAAGAUUUGGAGCAAUUGGAACUUGAGAAUAAGGUUGAUGAAAUGAAGUCUAUUCUGAAGACUAUGGAGUAUCUUCAGUGUAAGGUCAAAUGGGUUGAUGCCAUAGAGCAGAUUGAGGAUGCAUUGACGGGUCUAAAAGUGCUUGCAUUUGAUAAGAAUUGCAUUAGGCUGUCUUUGCAGACCUAUAUGCCAACGGUAGAGGGCAUUUCAUACCUACAGAGAGUUGAAGAUGCCAUUGAUACAUCUGUGCUGAAUCAUGAGUUACUGAUUGAAGUUUUUGAGGGGACUAUGAAGCUUAAAGAUGUUCAGGUUUUUCCAAAUGAUAUAUACGUGAAUGACAUUGUUGAUACUGCAAAGUCUGUCAGUAAGUCCUCAUUGCAGUGGUUAAUACAAAAAGUGCAAGAUAGAAUUAUACUAACCACACUUAGGCGUCUUGUGGUAAAGGAUGCUAAUAAAUCAAGAUAUUCUCUUGAAUAUUUGGACAAAGAUGAGACUAUUGUAGCUCAUAUGGUUAGAGGAAUUGAUGCAUAUAUAAAGUUGUCUCAUGGUUGGCCAAUAUUUGGUUCUCCAUUGAAGCUGAUAUCUAUCAAGGGAUCAGAUAUUAUGAAGAAAAGUUCUCCAAGUUUUUACUGCAAAGUUGAGAAUUUGGCCAACUCGUUAGAUACUCAUACACGGCAAAAAAUACCAGGCUUCGUUGAUGCUGUUGAAAAAGUGCUCAUAGAACAGUUGCAGCUUGAUCUUAGAGCCGGCGAUGGUUCUGGUUAAAGAUGUGCUCACAUCUUUGAUGCUCAUUGUGGAUUCCUCCAAAAUCUGUAUGUUAAGUUCUGUAUCACAUGUGCACAUUAACUUUUCUAUUUGGUGAAGCAAAGUCUAUAAAGUUGUUAAGAUGAUUUACUGCAAUGUUAGACAGGAAACUGGCAUGCUAAACGGGUACACGUGAGAUUUGAAUGGUCAGAAUCAGAUAGUCAUGAUAUUGUGAUAAAAUUGAAAGUUGUACAUGAGUAAUCCCAUAGAACAUAAGUUCAUAUUUUUUAAAUGAUAAUGUGUCAAUGAUUGAAAAGCGUAUCAUUUUCCAUUGUGCGCCUUCAUCAGUUCUGAA